ACAGAAAAGUGAGUUAGAGAGAAGUCCAAGUUUGAAGUUUGGGGAUUAAUGGGUUAUUGUGAGAGUUGGGGGAUCCCAAAACACAAAACAAUGCAUUAAACAGUUGCAAGGAUCAUAUUCAUACGGAACAAGCUUCGAAUCUUCCCCUUUGAUUCGAUGCACCAUAAACCCCUCUUCUCGUCAAUCAUACCAACCCAUUAACCCUUCUUCUUCAAAAACAUCAUCUUUCUUCUUUUUCUUUUCUUAUUGUGAAGGAAGAAGCUGUAACUAAUAACAUUCUCCUCAUGAAACCUCUUUAUCGUCACAUUCUUAUCGUUCUCUCUGUUCUCUGUGCUGUCGUUUUGCAAUUCUUCGUGACUCUCUUCAGCUCCAAUGAUGUAUCAUCACAGCCACUGCCACCGAUCUCACGAAUCCCUCUUCUCAAACUCCAUCAUCAUCUACCUCAACAGCAGCAACAACUCAAGGCUCUCCCUUCACCAUCAUCUUCACGAUCCCUUCUCUCUCUUUCUCCCAAGCCAACUACAGCACUGGUUGCUGCUUUAGAUGGGACUAUGUAUUUGGUGGACAAACAGGAGAAUGGCCCCACAAGAGUGAUAUGGUCGUUCUCAACUGGAUCUCCAAUCUACCAUUCAUAUCAAGCUCCUAUUCACAAGGAUAGCGGUAAAGAAAACAGAUCUACAGCAAGAAUCAGCGGGUCUGUGGAAUGCGGGGAUGACUGGUCACUGUACAUGCAUGAUAAACACUUUGGUAAAAUGAAAAUCUCAGAAUCAAUUGCAGAAUAUGUUGCUCGUACGCCUACCUUUUCAGAUGAUGGAGCAGUUACACUUGGAUCCAAGAGAAGCACUUUGUUUGAAGUUGAUGCUAAAACCGGAAGGAUCGUUCAAACCCAUAGUAUGUCUGAUUCUGAUAAUUCUUCUACAUCUUGGAGUGAUGACAAGAAGAGUGAUACAGAUAUCCUUAUAACAAAGAAAAAGGAUCUUGCUAAUCCUACGGAGCUGAAUUCGCCGGAGUUGCUACUCAAGAUAUUUAGGACAGAUUAUUCUCUUCGAUCUGUUGGUCCUAGUUCAGGAGUAGUUUUGUGGACUAUGACUGUAUCCGAAUUCGAGGCUGUAUUAUUAUGCCAACAUACUUCAUUUGAUGCCGAUGAUGAGUAUGUUUCUGUCGGUGAGCUUGGUUUUGCGAUGCCAUAUCCAUGUCAAGAGAUCCAACCAGUCUUUCGCUUGCGUAAGAAUUUUAUACUAGAACCCUCAAUCACUGAAAGGUUACCUGGUUCUGAUCAUGAAAACAAUAUGCUUUUGAUGCCUGCGUCGGAUUUGAUGCUUCCUUCACAAGCAAAUUUUGAAAAAUUAAAUAUCGAUGAUGGUAAUAUGAUGCUUCCUUUGCCAAUACCAAAUUCUUUGCCUUCCCCGAAACCAAAAAUUGUCUAUCCAAGCCGAAUGCAUGAAUGGUCAACACCAUUACGUUUUAUGAUGCUUAUGGUUUUGGGCUUUGUCCUCUAUACUCUAGUGGUUAAAAGUAAAGAUACGCCAAAGGAUCAAAACCAGUCUGAAUCGAAAAUUUUGCCUGCUAAGAAAAAGAAGACACGAAAGUCAGGAAAGAACAAUGUAGCAGUUGACAAAAAGGAAAAACAUCUGUCCUCCGAAGAGGAGGAUGUGCUGAUGCGAAAGGAUCUCGACAUAGAAGCAGGCAGGUGGAUGCAAUUUAACCAAAUUGACCAAGGUGUUGACGGACGCAAGGUUGGUAAACUGCUUGUGUCAAAUAAAGAAAUUGCUAAGGGAAGCAAUGGCACCAUUGUCUUUGAGGGAAUAUAUGAAGGUCGGGCAGUUGCUGUCAAGCGUUUGGUCAAGACUCAUCAUGAUGUAGCAUACAAAGAAAUCCAAAAUCUGAUUGUAUCUGAUCAUCACCCAAACAUUGUUCGAUGGCAUGGGGUAGAAUAUGAUCAAGAUUUUGUUUACCUUGCUCUGGAACGAUGUACAUGCAGCUUGGAUGAUUUUAUUCAAAUUUAUUCGGAUAUAUCAGAUAACCCUCUGUUUAGGAAGAACCAAGCUUUCAAGUCUUCUAUUGAGGCCCAAAUUGAUAUGGGGAAGGAUAAUAUGCAUGGUCUGUGGAAAGCCAAUGGCUAUCCAUCACCUCUAUUACUGAAAUUGAUGAGAGAUGUCGUUUCUGGGAUUGUUCAUUUGCAUGAACUAGGAAUAAUACAUCGUGAUUUGAAACCCCAAAAUGUUUUGAUAAUCAAGGAAAGAUCCUUGUGCGCAAAGCUUUCUGAUAUGGGCAUUAGCAAACGCCUCCCUGAAGAUAUGUCUGCUUUGGGUCAUAAUGCUACUGGAGCUGGCAGUUCAGGUUGGCAAGCACCAGAACAACUUGGUCAAGGACGCCAAACACGGGCCGUAGAUUUAUUUAGCUUAGGUUGUGUCCUCUUUUUCUGCAUGACUGGGGGGAGACAUCCAUUUGGAGAACGGCUUGAACGCGAUGUUAAUAUUGUGAAAAACAGAAUGGAUCUUUUCUUAGUGGAGUUCAUUCCUGAAGCAGAAGAUCUAGUUUCUAGUUUAUUGAACCCUAACCCUGAUAUAAGGCCAAAGGCAAUUGAAGUAUUGCACCAUCCAUUUUUUUGGAGUCCAGAAAUGAGACUGUCAUUUUUACGCGAUGCCAGUGAUAGAGUGGAACUAGAAGAUAGGGAGACUAAUUCUGUUCUUCUGAACGCAUUAGAAAGCAUUGCUACAGUCGCAUUAGGUGCGAAAUGGGACGAAAAGUUGGAACCAGCCUUUCUUACUAACAUUGGUCGAUAUCGACGGUACAAGUAUGAUAGUGUUCGAGACUUGUUGCGCGUCAUGAGGAACAAGCUAAAUCAUUAUAGAGAGUUGCCUCAAGAAAUCCAGGAACUUGUGGGAACUGUUCCGGAAGGAUUCAACGAAUACUUUGCAAGCCGAUUCCCAAGGCUAUUAAUCGAAGUGUAUAAAGUUAUAUCCAAGUAUUGCAAAGAAGAACAAUGUUUUGAGAGGUAUUUCAAGAACCUUAAUUAGUGGCUUCAUCUAUUCAUUUGCCCCUGGUACCUAAAGAAUAUAUGAAUUAUCAACUAGGCAAAGAAUGCUGUUGUACUCUUAAAAUUACAUGUAACAUAAUGUAUUUAUGUUCACAAUGGUUAAUGUAAAUCUAAUCCAAAGUUACAGCUUCAUAAUUGUUAUUUCUUUUCAA